AUGGACCGGCAUCUUCAUGCCGUGCCUCUUGAUGCAUUCGAGCUUCUAGGGAUCGAAACUCAUGCAACUGAGGCUCAGAUUCGAACGGCGUACCGGAAACGCUCGCUACAACUGCACCCUGACAAGGUGAAGGAUGUACCGCCUGACCAGGCUGCCGAGCGAUUCCAUCAGCUUACUCUUGCUUAUGAGGAGCUCAUGAAUCCUGCAUCGCGAGCAAAAUUACAAGAGUCUCUACAAAGAGAGCGCGAGAAACUAAAACGACAAGCUGCCUUCGAUGUUAAACGUCGCACAAUGACCGCUGAUCUCGAGCGGCGUGAGGAGCAAGAUCGUCUGCAGCGAAUGGAACGAGAGCGCCAGCGUCUGGCACGUCAACAGCGCAUUCUUGCGCUUCGAGAAGAGGGUCGCGCAAUGCGCAUUGAUAAGCACGAACGUCUUUUAGAAGCCUGGCAACAACGCACAUCACGCCUCAACCCCGUUUCAACACAAGCAUUAACUUCUACACCGGACUCGAGCUCGACACUUACUGAACUUCCGCCUUGGGAUGCCAACGACUCUUGGGUACUUGUGCGAUUUCCUACGGAGCAGGCUCACGAGAUGUGGGGAUCGACUGCGGCGCCUGAGCCACUAACGUCAUCACCCUUGUGUCUUGCCUUGGCAUCGUCCUACGGACCCCUGGCAUCCGCUUCAGUCAAGCCAAGUCACAAGCAGCGGCGCGAAAUUUCCGUCGUCGUUCAGUUUCUACACGGUGUGCAUGCAUGGCGUGCCGUGUCCGAGGGAAGUGACUUGCGUUGCUCGCACGUUUUACUACAGGACUGCUGGAUCCGCUGGUGCGACGCGUCUGGCAAAGCGACCUCGCUCCCACCACAACGAGUUCAGGCCUGUCUUGCUCGUGGAAUUACCGCACAAGAUAUGUCCGUGCAACUGUCCACUGCGCUCACGGAUUGUGGUGAUCAUUUCGACCACGACUAUGAAGCACGCACACUCAAACGUUUACGCCAAGCUGCAGCAAUGCAUGUGGCAGCGUGA